AUGGAAAAGUUGAAAUGUCAUGUUCAAACUUAUCCAUGGGGCAAAAAAGGUAUGAAUAGCGAAGUAGCUCGAAUAUAUGCUUCUGGACAUGCUGAUGUAGCCAUCGAUGAUAACACUUCAUAUGCUGAGUUAUGGAUGGGUACACAUCCAGAUGGACCAUGUUAUCUUCAACGAUCUCAAAAAAAACUUUCACAGCAUAUUGCUGAAUGUGAUGAUGAUCAUUGUAAAGUUUCUACUGAAAAGCAUCUUCCAUUUAUUAUGAAGUUAAUGAGUAUAGAACAUAGUUUAUCAAUACAAGUUCAUCCUACAAAGGAUCAAGCUGCUCGAUUAAAUGAUUCUGAUCCAUCACAUUAUCCAGAUAGAAAUCAUAAACCAGAACUCGCUUAUGCACUCACUCGAUUUGAAUUGUUAUGUGGCUUUCGACCACCUGAUCAGAUAUGCGCAAAUUUUGAAGCUUUCCCUGAACUUAAACAUUUAAUGGGAGAAGAUACAAGUCAAGCAUUUCAAAUAUUAGUAAAAGCUGGAAUAAGCGAAGAAUGUGAAACUCUCAAAGCUGCGUUAGCUGUGUGCUUCAAAAAAUUCAUGAAAUAUGCUGUUGAUGUCGAUGAAGUGAAAUUAUCACUGGACUCUUUACUGGUCAAGUUAGCCAAUGGAGUACGUGGAUCUCUUACCGAAGAAACUGUCGCAGUAAUUCAAAAAAUGUCCCGAGAUUUCCCUGGUGAUAUUGGCUGUUUUACCCCUCUUCUACUGAACCAUUUGAUUUUAUUACCCGGUGAAUGCUGCUAUUACGCUGCGCAAGAACUUCAUGCCUAUCUUUCUGGAGAAUGCAUUGAAUGCGUUAGCUGUUCGAAUAAUACCAUUCGAGCGGCUUGCACAUCAAAAUAUGUCGACAUCAAUACGCUAUGCCAGGUGUUGAAUUAUCGCAUGACAGACCCAUCCUAUUAUAUCAUUUGUGCUAAAGAACUUAAAAACUUUCCCCACGUACACGUUUUUGAUCCAGACUGCGACGAUUUCACGCUUCAUGAAAUAAAGGUACGCUCUGUCUUCCAUUAG